AGAAUGUCUGAUUUCGAUAACGCUACCAAGUGUAUCAGGAGUAUGGAAAAAGAAAUUCAUCUCCUGCAAUCUGAAAUACUAAACACCCGAAAUGGUGAAGGACUGGAAGAGGAUAGCGCGGAGCUGAAAACGCUGAUGCAAGAAAACACGAAAUUAAAACACCGUCUGGAGAUUCUGCAGUCGGCCAUUGCCAAAGAAGGCGGAUUCAACGAAAGUACCUCUGUACCAAACGAAUCUAUUUUAGGUGAACUUCAACGAAUUUUUUCCGAAGCAAUUCGUAAAGCUUUCUCCGGUAUAUCGGUUGCGGCCGUGGUAACUAUUUCCACAUCGCCAAAGUUUGGCGAUUAUCAGUGCAAUAGCGCCAUGCAGAUUGUGCAGCUUCUGAAGCAACAAUCGGUUAAAACGUCACCUCGCGAAGUUGCCCAAAAGCUUAUCGAUGUAUUGCAAACUCCAAUUGCUUGCGUUGAAAAAUUUGAAAUAGCCGGAGCGGGAUAUGUGAAUAUUUUUCUUUCUAGGUCAUAUGGAGAGCAACGUAUAAUGAGCAUCUUGAAGGAAGGAAUUCAAGCACCGAAAAUGGACAAAAAACGCGUAGUAGUGGACUUCUCGUCGCCCAAUGUGGCCAAGGAAAUGCAUGUGGGCCAUUUGCGUUCAACCGUUAUUGGUGAUUCGAUUUGUCGUUUCCUGGAGUUUGUAGGCCAUGAUGUGCUUCGCAUAAACCACAUCGGCGACUGGGGAACGCAGUUCGGCAUGUUGAUUGCUCACCUGCAGGAUCGUUUUCCGAACUUUCAAACCGUCUCACCGCCUAUAAGUGAUUUGCAAGCUUUUUACAAGGAGUCCAAGGUUCGGUUUGAUAGUGACGAGACGUUUAAGAAACGUGCUUAUGAGUGUGUAGUCAAACUCCAAAGUGGAGAGGCUAGCUACUUAAAAGCGUGGAACCUAAUAUGCGAUGUAUCACGCAAAGAGUUCCAAACAAUCUACAACCGGCUGGAUGUAAAGCUGAUCGAGCGUGGCGAAUCGUUCUAUCAAAGCCGAAUGAAGAAAGUCGUGGAAGAACUGAAGCAGAGCGGAUUUCUCGAAGAAGACGAAGGCCGCCUCAUUAUGUGGGGCGAAGACCAUGUCGGAAUUCCAUUAACUAUCGUAAAAUCGGACGGUGGAUUUACGUAUGACACUUCCGACAUGGCAGCCAUCAAACAACGAUUACAGGAGGAAAAAGCAGAUUGGCUCAUUUAUGUAACCGAUGCGGGCCAGGCCACUCACUUCCAGAUCAUCUUUUCCUGUGCAAAACGGGCUAAAAUUCUGGACGAGAGCAAACAUCGCGUUGACCACGUUGGCUUUGGUGUUGUCCUUGGCGAAGAUGGCAAAAAAUUUAAGACCCGGUCUGGCGAUACGGUAAAGUUGGCAGAGCUGCUCGAUGAGGGAUUGAAACGAGCAAUGGACAAACUGGUACAAAAGGAACGUAACUUAGUGCUCACGCAGGACGAGUUGGUUGCCGCACAAGAAUCGAUUGCGUACGGAUGCAUCAAAUACGCGGAUCUAUCCCACAACCGUAACAACGAAUAUGUGUUUUCCUUCGACAAGAUGUUGGAAGAUAAAGGUAAUACCGCCGUCUACUUGCUGUAUGCGUACACUCGCAUUCGCUCUAUUGCCAGAAAUUGUGGAGGAGACUUUGCUAACAAUAUACAAAAGGUGAUCGAAAGCACCGAGCUCAAACUGGAUCACGAGAAGGAAUGGAAGCUUGCCAAAGUGUUGCUCCGUUUCACCGAUGUCGUUUUAGUUAUCACGAAAAAUCUUUCACUGCAUUAUCUGUGCGAGUUUGUGUAUGAAGUUUGCACCACGUUUAGCGAGUUUUAUGAUAAUUGCUACUGUAUUGAAAAGAAUAAGCAAGGUGAAAUCAUCAAAGUUUAUGCAUCAAGAAUUCUGCUGUGCGAGGCCACAUCAAUGGUUCUAGGAAAAUGUUUCGAUAUUCUGGGUUUAAAACCGGUGCAUAAAAUUUAA